CACGCCGCCGCUGCCAUGGCCUCCGCGGCCGGGGAGAGCGCGGGCUCGGGGCGCAGGCGGCCGCCGCGGCCCCGGGCGCUUCGCGGGCUGCUGCUGCUCUGCCUGUGGCUGCCGAGCGGCCGCGCCGAGGGCCCGCCGGCGACGCCGCUCUCCGGCGUGGAGCAGCUGCUGCAGGAGUUCCGCCGGCAGCUGCGGCAGGAGCCGGCGCAGGAGGAGCUGGAGCUGGAGCUGCGCGCCGGCAGCGGCCCCCGCGAGAGCUGCCCGGGCGCGGGCGGCGGCGGCUACCGCGCCAUGCCCGACGCCAUCAUCCGCACCAAGGACUCGCUGGCGGCCGGCGCCAGCUUCCUGAGGGCUCCCGCGGCCGUGUGGGGCUGGCGCCAGUGCGUGGCGGCCUGCUGCGCCGAGCCGCGCUGCUCGGUGGCGGUGGUGGAGCUGCCCCGGCGGCCCGCGUCCGCGCCCGCCGCGCUCGGCUGCUAUCUCUUCAACUGCACCGCGCGCGGCCGCAGCGUCUGCAAGUUCGCGCCGCACCGCGGCUACAGCAGCUACAGCCUCAGCCGCGCGGCACAGGCCGAGCCGGGAGCCCUGACAGCCGGCGCCCCGGCCGCCGCCGCCGCCGCCGCCGCCUCGCCUCCGCUCGACAAUGAUGAGCCUCCACUUAGCAAGGCGGGGCAGGAUGUGGUUGUGUAUCUGCCCACAGAGGGGGUGAUGUUGGAUGGUCGUGAGAGCACAGAUGACCACGCCAUCGUCCAGUAUGAGUGGACACUGCUGCGGGGUGACCCCUCGGUGGACAUGAAGGUGCCUCACUCGGGAACACUGAAGCUGUCCCACUUACAAGAAGGAACAUACACCUUCCAGCUGACCGUGACUGACACUGCAGGUCAGAGAAGCUCCGACAACAUCUCAGUGACUGUGCUCCCCAUGGCCUACUCCACGGAAGGAUGCUCGAAGGUUUGCUCGCGCUACCAGUUCUUCUGUGACGAUGGCUGCUGCAUUGAUAUCACCCUGGCCUGCGAUGGAGUGGAACAGUGUCCUGAUGGGUCUGAUGAGGCCUUCUGUCAAAAUCUAAACUUUGGCCACAAGAUGGUGACUCACACAGCAGCAAGUCCUGCCCAGCCAAGAACCAUAGGACUGAGUGAAGACAUGGGGGGACACGCCUUGUUGGAAAUGGACCAGAAAGCCACCACCCAAAAUCAGCCACCUACGUUAUCAACCACAGAGAAGAAGAAUCAUUCCACCUCUCGGGGACCAGGGAGUCAAGUCGGUCCUGUUUUGCCAGGUGGUAGCUCCUCAGGGAACAACCAAAAAGAGGAAACUUUUAGUUUUGAGUCAAAGAGUGAUCGAAGAGGAGGGGAACACCCAGCCCCAGAAACAGGUGCAGUGCUCCCCCUGGCCCUGGGCCUAGCUAUCACUGCUUUGCUGCUUCUCAUGGUUGUUUGCCGACUACGACUGGUGAAACAGAAACUUAAAAAAGCUCGUCCCAUAACAUCUGAGGAAUCUGACUACCUCAUAAAUGGGAUGUAUCUAUAAUAAAUCUAAUUUAAAUAGCUUGGGGUGCUGUAGCGUCUACUUCGACUCAAGGCGACCCUAUGUACAACAGAACGAAACACUGCCCAGUCCUGUGAAAUCUUCACAAUUGUUGCUAUGUUUGAGACCAUUGUUGUAGCCACUGUGUCAAUCCAUCUCACUGAGAGUCUUCCACUUUUUUGCUGACCCUCUACUUUACCAAGCAUGAUGUCCUUCUCCAGUGAAUGGUGCCUCCUGAUAACAUGUCCAAAGUAUGUGAGAUGAAGUUUUGUCAUCCUCACUUCUAAGGAGCAUUCUGGUUGUACUUCAUCCAAGACAUUUUUUUUUUAAUUAAUUAAGGCAAUGGAAUUUUUUUUUUGAAUGAAUUGUUCGUCUUUAUUAAACUUAGCUGCAAGACUUUUUUUUAAAUAAUUUUUAUUGAGCUUUAAGUGAAUGUUUACAAAUCAAGUCAGUCUGUCACAUAUAAGCUUAUAUACACCUUACUCCAUACUCCCACUCGUUCUCCCCCUAAUGAGUCAGCCCUUCCAGUCUCUCCUUUCGUGACUAUUUUGCCAGUUUCUAACCCUCUCUACCCUCCUAUCUCCCCUCCAGACAGGAGGUGCCAACACAGUCUCAAGUGUCCACCUGAUACAAGUAGCUCACUCUUCAUCAGCAUCUCUCUCCUACCCAUUGUCCAGUCCCUUCCAUGUCUGAUGAGUUGUCUUCGGGAAUGGUUCCUGUCCUGGGCCAACAGAAGGUUUGGGGACCAUGACCGCUGGGAUUCCUCUAGUCUCAGUCAGACCAUUAAGUCUGGUCUUUUUAUGAGAAUUUGGGGGCAAUGGAAUUUUUAAUAUUUACAUAGAAAAUGUUAGUGGAUUAUUUUUUAAGUCUUAUUUUUUUCUGUUACUGGCUGAAAGAGUUGAAACCUUUGAGGGAAAGUGAAAUUCUUAAUAAUUCAGGUUUCUAUUUUAUAAAUCUUGAGAGCUAAAUGUGGCUUUGAUAAAACCAAAUCCAUAGCACAAACCUUGUUUCGAUGGGACCUCACUAGAUUAGGACUUUCUGAAAUAUUUUUCAUUGCUGCCCUCUGUGUUAUGUAAGGAAAUAAUUUCUACUACCAAAACAUGAAACAGUAAUUGGAAAUUAUGACUACUGAAGAUUAAAGAGACAUUUCUUGUCUGUGACCUACACACAUACAUAAAUUCAACCCUCUUACAAAGAAAAGCUCUUAGACCUGGUUGUAAUUCAUUAUUUCUCUCUCUACCCAUUUACUGAUCUUCCCUUAAAAUCCAUUCCUAUCGAUUCAACUUUUUCAAGUUGUAAUUCACAAAAGUGUAAAGUCCAAGAGCAAUGCUAGAACAAUGUUUAAGGCAAAGCACUUGUCUCUACCAAUCAAGUGGCCCUGAGUCGUCUCACCAUAUUUAUAAACUGUCUCCUCAACUAGAUUACAGCCUCUCCAAAAGCUAACAAGGGGAUUUACGGAAAAUAAAAUGUAGGCAAUGGCUACCAAAGAUACAGAUUGAUGGAUAAAUUUAAGAACUAAUUUUAAGUCCUAAAGAAUAUUUGCCCUCCAACUACUUCAAAUGACACCAAGUCCUGAACUGUGACGGUUUAUGGUCUGGGUCCAGAAGCAAUAAACAGCAACAGCAAACUGAAGCCAGCAGUGAGCUUAAACUCAGAGUUCUGGGCACCAAAUAAUACUAGCUGACACCUAAGAGUUUCCUGCGUCUGAAACCUCACCCAAGGAGAGACACUUGUGAAAAGAUGUACGCAUGAGUUAAAAGUCAGUUUUAAAGAAAAAAUAGAGGUAAUAUUUAAGAUUUUUUAAGUUAGAUUUUAAAGUCUAAUACUUUGUAAGAAGUGGGAGGAGAGGUGUGUCUCACAGUCCCACUGAGUAACCUACUUGCCUGAUUACACGCAGGCACGCACAGCAUGGGAAGGGCGUGGUUGGGAGUGCUCAUUCUCAUAGUUCUAGAGGUUCUAUUUCCCCAAGUUCUAGACCCCUCAGAAAAACUACAAUCCUAUUAUAAGAGGUAUAAAAAAACAUAAUAUUUAAACAAGAUCCCAAAGCACCACUGCCUCCUUAGAAACUCAUGUUAAAAUCAUUAUGUAAUAGAUCUAUUUAUAGGAGAGAGACGGGUUUUGCUAUGUUUAUCCUCAACCCUAUCCUUCCCUCACAUUGUCAAUUAUCCACUCACUCAUUCGGCAUUUAUUGUACAUCUGCUACAGGAUUUGCCUUGUGCCAGGCAGAGAAAAAUGACAAAAGAGGUAUGGUCUUUGUUUUCAGGGCGUGUACUCACAUUCUACAAAUGUACAACUGGACUCACGCUGUUUACCUCAUCAGAUUACACAAAAGGGAGCAUCAAGGAAAGGAAACAAUUCUUCCUCCAUGAUCUGUAUCUGGUGGACAUGUUCAUUCUUCCAUAUUCAAACACCACCAAAGCCUGUUUUACUUUUGACUUUAUUUGGCAAAGCAGCACUGCAUAAACUGUUCGGUAACGAGGACACAGCUUACACAGCAUGUGAAAUUCAUAUAUAUUCUCAGCAGCAAAUGAGAAACAGAAACAAUACUGAGCUACAAGUCUCCUACAAUUUUUAAAGAGAGAAAGGAAGAACUAAGUUAUGUCCAAUCUGAACAGCUGAGUGUGUUAGGGGACAUCACCUGCCAUCUUAAGUUUUAAUAUUUACAAAUGCUUAGUUUUAAGGUAACAAAGCAGCUGAUUGUAUCUACAACAUGCUAUUCUAUGACACCACAUCAAAGCUUUAACAAGGAAGCUCAUCUCUAUUUUCUUAGUAGCAUCUAUCAGACAUCCAAAGAGCAAGAAUCUUAACUUGUGAAAGACAGUGUUAUCUGAUGCACAAAAGCAAUCUGAUAAAUUAAUAUCAGAAGAGAAUUAAGUGUCCAAGAAAAAUCACUCCUCAAAUCAGAAUUCACAAACUAAGUUUUCCAUUUUGUAGAACUGCUUCUUUUAAUGUUUUAAAGUAAAAUGUGGGCAUGUUAAAGUAAUAAACACAAAUUUAUACUCUGCAUCCUUCCUCUACCAAUUUGGCUAUGUGCCUCUUUGAGAAUUAGAAACUCUAGACAACCACACAUUUUCAUGCUGAAAAUCAUAGUGUAACAAAGUCCAAAACAAGCUGUGAUGCUGUUGGUUUUCAAAAAGCUGAGGACUGAGAUGAGCAAUCCACUGUAAUGUUAGGUACUGGUCAAGCUGAUGUCGCUCUCACAGUUCAUCCCUGGGGGGGAAGAGAGAGAAAUAGAAGUAAGAAUUACAGACCCCAGCUUCUGACAGAUACAACUACUAAAUCAGUAAAAACACACUGAUCCCAAGCAAUGUGUUUAAAAAAAAAAAAAAAAGCAAACAA